AUGGGUUGUGGAAUGAGUACCGAAGAUAAGGAGGGCAAGGCCCGCAACGAGGAGAUCGAGAACCAGCUCAAGCGGGACAAGAUGUUGCAGCGAAACGAGAUUAAAAUGCUUCUGCUCGGAGCUGGAGAGUCCGGCAAGUCGACCAUUCUGAAGCAGAUGAAGUUGAUCCACGAGGGUGGAUACUCGCGCGAUGAACGGGAAUCCUUCAAGGAGAUCAUCUACAGCAACACGGUUCAGUCGAUGCGUGUCAUCUUGGAGGCCAUGGAAUCGCUGGAGCUCCCGCUGGAGGAUGCCCGCCACGAAUACCACGUGCAGACGGUCUUCAUGCAGCCCGCUCAGAUCGAGGGUGACAGCCUGCCCCCGGAGGUUGGCAGUGCCAUCGGCGCUCUCUGGCGCGACACCGGUGUCCAGGAGUGCUUCAAGCGGUCUCGCGAAUACCAGCUUAACGACUCGGCUAAAUACUACUUUGAUGCCAUCGACCGCAUCGCUCAGCCCGACUACCUUCCUACGGACCAGGAUGUUCUGCGCUCGCGUGUCAAGACGACCGGUAUCACCGAGACCACUUUCCUCAUUGGCGACCUGACGUACCGCAUGUUCGAUGUCGGUGGUCAACGUUCCGAACGGAAGAAGUGGAUUCACUGCUUCGAGAACGUCACUACCAUCCUGUUCCUGGUCGCCAUCUCCGAGUACGACCAGCUGCUGUUCGAAGAUGAGACCGUCAACCGUAUGCAGGAAGCGCUCACCCUGUUCGACUCGAUCUGCAACUCGCGUUGGUUCGUCAAGACGUCCAUCAUUCUCUUCCUGAACAAGAUCGAUCGUUUCAAGGAGAAGCUGCCCGUCAGCCCCAUGAAGAACUACUUCCCCGACUACGAGGGCGGUGCCGACUAUGCCGCCGCUUGCGAUUACAUCCUCAACCGCUUCGUGUCUCUCAACCAGGCCGAACAAAAACAGAUCUACACCCACUUCACAUGUGCCACUGACACCACGCAAAUCAGAUUCGUUAUGGCCGCUGUAAAUGAUAUCAUCAUCCAAGAGAACCUCCGACUGUGUGGUCUGAUCUAA